CGAAGAGACAUUUCUCGGCUGUCGAUUUUCUGAAUUCUGAAUUCUUCUUUUGUCUAUGAAGAAAUAGAAUUCAAGCGACAUGGCUGCUGCGAAUAUUGUUCGUAGUGCUUUUGGUGGAUUAUUACGAAAAUCCACGUCUUACAGAACUCCGGUCGUAUGUCGGCUAUCUACAGUAGUCGCUGUACAAAAACUCCGUACCGUACAAACCAUUGCUAAGAUAAACUACCAAGUGCAAAAUGGGACCGGGAAAAUCUGCGUCCGCAACUACAGUGGUGGGCCUCCACUUACCCUAGACUUAAUAACGAAAAGAGUUCUGCUCGUACUCCAACUUUAUGACAAAGUUAAACCUGAUGAGUUAACUUUGGAGUCCCACUUCAUGACCGACUUGGGUCUGGACUCACUUGACCAUGUGGAGGUGAUCAUGGCUAUGGAAGAUGAAUUUGGUUUUGAAAUUCCUGAUGGUGAUGCAGAGAGGCUGGUGAGGCCCAAAGAUAUUGUUCAGUAUAUUGCAGAUAAAGAAGACAUUUAUGAAUAGGGUUUUGUUUUUAAAUUAAAUCUCAAGUCUAGACCAAAUGUGAUUUAAAAAUACACUUUUUACUUAUUGGUCUAAGAUUGUGAUUCUGCUUAGUGUCUAGUUUUUUUGUUUAACAUGUUAUUCAAAAGAAGGACCAUUGUGAAAGAUAAAUGAAGGAACAUCUAUUAGGUGAGAAUGUAAAAAGUGUAAAUUCUGUUUUUAUUCAAUACAGGCUUGUUAGAAUAGA